GGUCGAGAAGGAUUCGAACAUCUUCGCUCGUUCAUUCAAUCUUUCGAUCGUAAAGUGUUUGCAGCAUCUCUCGACCGCAUCUCCGAUGACGAUUCUUUCCUUUCCUCGAAAGGGGGAAUAAUCUUUCCUGAUCGUUGAGCAAACGAGUAUCGAGCGUCGAUGACGACAUUCCCUCGAGGGAUGAACCGUCGAAUCUUCCUCUCCCUCUGCGCCAUUUUUCUCUCCUUCGUGCCCGUCUCGAUCGCGCACAACGACCGAGCCGACGUUGCCGCAGCCGCCGCUGUUUCUGCUUCCCCGGAGGACGCGAGGCCGUAUCGGUUCGCCUUCAACGUCGUCGACUUCCAGCACAGAUUCGAGAACAAAGAUACCGAUGGGAUUAUCACGGGGGAGUACGGAUUCGUAACCGCGGACGGGAUGUAUCACGAAACCGCAUACGGGGCGGACAAAAACGAUAAUUUCGUCGUAACCAGGGCGCGUUACGGGAGAAUCAAAACUCUGAAGAACGCGCAAGGGAUAUUGAAAAAUAGGGCGAAAGGUGGGAGGAAGCUGGUGGAGGCAAUAGCGAGGGCUUGCGGCGCGUGUCGCAGAAUCGCAUUGGGAAUGGACAAGGCUGGAGAUGUUCACGGGGCGACGCGUAAUAAAAUUGCGUCGGCCGCGAAACCGUCCACUUCCGACCCUUUGUUGGAAAGGGUGAGGGGCGCGUUGAUGGAGAAGAAGAGAGAUGACGGCUCGCCCCGAGAGUGGAGUUUUAAAGACGCGAGAGGCUUGAGAAGGGGGAAGGGCCUGGCCGUGAGAAACGUGAUCGAUCACGCGACGAGGAAUUCGACGAAGGGGGAGAAGAAGCUUAUUCCUCGCGAGAGGAACAAUUCACCCGAGGUUAACGAUCAGGUUCACGGAAGAACGGCGAACGACGUUCGAUAUCGUUUCAAUUACACGAUAAGUUCGCAGGGGCAUCAAGAGGAUGGGUACGUGAGCGGGAAAAAGGAUUAUGCGGCGCGAAACGAGACCAGGGUGAACUACUUGCCCAACGAAUUUGGCCAUCGACCCAAUGUUUCGAGCUUCGUUAACGCGACUAAUGACGAAUCACAACGGGAGCUCAAAGGGAGUUUCUUUCUUCGCUAUUGAUCCUGAGCUGGCCACCGUCGUCUUCUUACCUUCUUUUCUUCGUUUCACUCGCUUCUGAUCUUUCGCGAAUUUCAUGUAAAGCAAAGAAAGAAAAAAAAAAAAAAGAAAAAGACAUCGAUGGACGAGAAUAAUAAAAGGGAAAAAUGAAAAAUCGUAAA